AUGGGAUACUUUGGACUCAUUACCGGUGUUGGCGUGUUACUCACCGCUGUUGCUUUUGGUGUGGUGCAGUGGCUGCGGACGGACAAGGAAGACCCGCGAUAUGCAGAAGAAAGUGCAGUGCGCCGUGAGUUUUUCUCUCACGCGUUGCAGCAAGCCAUUUCUUCGUACAAUACGACAACUAAUCAUUAUGUAUGGGGACGGACGCUAAAACCUUCCUAUGCGGUACAAUUGCACCCACUCAAUAUAGUUCAGCAGUAUACACAGAAGAAGGAAUUUGUGUGGAUUGGAAUCACCGCCGGUCCCUGGCUUGUUGGGUUAGCCGUGCUUCAGUUUAACUACGUCUCAAUCUUCAGCGUACAGUUCUACAAUGCGGAGUCAGGGGAGAGUUGGAAGUCGAAGAGUGUAGUUCCGUUGCUUGCACCGUUUUUUGGAGGUAAAUGGGUUCCAAACGCCGUUGGUAACUUUGGUCCAAAUGCCGCUGGACAUCGGGUGGAGUUUAAGGCACCCUUUAUUAACCAGCGCGCUGCUAUUACCUUCACAGGUGACAGUGUGCAUGUUGAAGUUGCCGGAUCAGUAUCACAAUAUAUGGCGAAUAAAACAACAACGCGAUAUCAACAACAACAAGAACUGAUGUACAAGGUAUUUGCCACGGCUUCUCUUCCUGAAGAAUUCCUUGGUUUUGUUUUCCCACUCGGACCACGUCGUGCUGCACUCGUGAAUAAAGUGGCUGCUGCACCACUCCAAGCCCCACUUGAACUACAACUCGGUGAACAAAAGUGGAGAGGUGCGGGAUUCCUUUCAAUGGAUUAUACACGGGGACUUCUUCGACGAGAGACACGGUGGUACUGGGCCUCUGCCACGGCACCUGAUGGUUACGGCUUUCACCUGUCGGCAGGAACCUAUGAUAUUGACAAGAAGAGUGUGGAGAACACAUUCUUUGUUUCUGGAAAAGCUUUGCUGAUUGAUACAGCAGUUGUUUUCCUACCGGAGGUGAUAUAUGUUACUCCCCAAAGUGAUGAAAAGGAUCAUGAUCGUGGUAAUACUAUUUGGAAUAUUACCGGUGACGGUGUUCACCUGCGCUUCCGUCGUGUUGACGCACAUGACGGUAACUUCCAUUAUGGUAUUGUAAGAGGAAAUCUGGACCACAGUUGGGGUAUAUUUGAUGGUACGAUUAAUGUGAAUGGAGUGUCAUAUUCCUUUGAAAAUGUUUCAGGAGUGAUGGAGGAACAUUAUGCGAUAUGGUGA